AUGGCCAUUAAUGGGAAUUUGGGCAUCGACCCUGAAAAUAGCAUCCGCAGAGAUACUCGAGCAGCUGAUCAGAACGCACAGAGCGACUCAGCAAGCUGCGAUAGCACAACUCCAAAUCAGAAUCGAGCACCAAGCAGAAUUGAGCUUGAAACAUCACAAGAAAUUGUUCAUAGAUUCGAACCAGCACCGGAGAGAUUGAACGCCAAUGAAUCAGGGGCUGACCACGCCAUUAUGAAAAUCCUCGAGGAGCUCACUAAACGGAUUGAAUCGGCUUCUUCACCCAAUGAGUCAUCUCCAUCAGAUCCGCCCUCAUCCUCGGAAUCCUCAUCGGGAAAUGCUAACUUCCGAGCCUUUACUUCCUCAUCCUUGCGGCUACUUCGGAUCUGGCAACCUCGAGCUCCUUGGACAGAUUGGCUAAAUUGGAUUCGAGCUCCUCGACCUUCUUCGCCUGGACAGAGGCAUUAUCCCUUGCAUAUCGAAGCUGUGACUUGGCAGAAUCCAGCUCUGCUUGAACGACUUGUCCCCGCGAUCGCGAAGUUGCAACUCCGUAGGCCCGGUCCAAGUCAGGAAGACAUAGAUUAUAUCCACUCCAGUUGUCAAAAUACGUUAUAUCCCGAAACCUGCUUCAAUUCCUUUCAAAUUUACGCCGACGCGGUCCAGCAAGACCCGAGGCAGCUCGCUUUUUACUCCAUCUUGAAGAGCCUACGCAAAACCAAGAGUUUGGCAUCUUAUAUAAUUUCCAACGUAGCCGGCUAUGAAGCGCAGAUACAAGCCCUAUAUAACGCCGUAAACCAAAUACGUGACUCAUUUACACAGAUGGAAAAGUUGAUUGAGUUUGACUGUGGAGGUGAGUCGUUAGGGUUUCAGAUUAAUAAGGUUCAGACAUGGAUGAGUGCAGCCUUGACCAAUAUUGACAACGUGACUUGUACGCUUGUAUUUAAGGAUGUUGAGCCAUUGAAAUCGAACGUAUGUGAUCGUGUAACAACGGUGAAGGAGAUGACUAGCAACGCCGUUACUUUGGUAAAUAAUUAUGCCAAUAUGAUAUAUCAACUCCGUAAUGAACUAUGA